AUGGAUCUUACAAUAAAUCAACCUAAACAUCUUGGCGUAACACCACCAAUAGUUACAGCCCAUCCAACUCAAAGAGAAAUUGAAGUUACUGAUUUGUUGCUUCAAGAACUUACCGCACAAGGAACCUUUGAGAGCGAUGACGAAAGUAAACGACGAGAAGUCGUCUUAGGAAAGCUUGAUGGACUUGUAAAAGAAUUUGUAUACCAAAUAAGUAAAGAUAAAGAAAAUCUACCUGAACCUGAUGCAAAAGAAGCCGGAGGAAAAAUUUUUACUUUCGGAUCUUAUAGGCUAGGUGUACAUGGAGCUGGUACCGAUAUUGACACACUUUGUGUAGUUCCAAGACAUGUAUCUCGAGAAGAUUUUUUUACUGUAAUGUACGAUUUUCUUAAAAAGCGUAAUGAAAUUGAUCUUGUUUUUGCAAGAUUAAAUUUAUCACGAGUUCCGGAUGAUCUUGAAUUAAGAGAAAAUUCACUAUUGGAAAAUUUGGAUGAAACAUGUGUAAGAAGCAUAAAUGGUUCGCGUGUUACAGACGAGAUUUUACGCCUUGUACCCAGUAUACCAGCUUUUCGUAAAUCACUGAGGUGUAUUAAGCUUUGGGCAAAAAGACGUGCUAUAUAUUCCAAUGUGAUGGGCUUUUUAGGAGGAGUUGCAUGGGCAAUGUUGGUAGCUCGAAUUUGUCAACUUUAUCCAAAUGCAAUAGCUGGAGCAAUUGUAUCUAGGUUUUUCCGUAUUAUGUAUCAAUGGAAUUGGCCACAGCCCGUUCUGUUGAAGCCAAUAGAAGAUGGUCCAGUCAGAGUAUGGAACCCAAAGUUAUAUCAUGGAGAUCGAUUUCAUUUAAUGCCAAUUAUCACACCCGCAUACCCAUCUAUGUGUGCAACACACAAUGUAACGCAGUCGACAAAAAAGAUAAUAGAAGACGAAUUCAGUCGAGUAAUGAUCGGAACUGGAAAAUGGUCCGAUCUUUUUGCAAAACAUGAUUUUUUUCAAAAAUAUCGAUAUUAUUUACAAAUAAUAGCCUCAUCCGAUAAUGCAGAAAGACAACUUAAAUGGUCAGGGAUGGUUGAAUCGAGGAUUCGUCACCUUAUAUCAAAACUAGAAACCGUGGAAAAUCUAAAUUUGGCUCAUCCUUUCGUAAAGGGGUUUGAUAAAGUAUAUGGUUCAGAGCAAGAGGCAAAUGAUAUUCUUGAAUCCAAAAAAGCCUAUUAUUGUACAUCAGAGCAAGAUCUUGAAUCUAAAACAAAUAACAAUGAAGGUCCUCAAAAUCGUGAAAUAAUUAGCAAUGAAGGUCCCCAAAAUCGUGAAAUAAUUAGCAAUGAAGGUUCCCAAAAUGGAACCGGUCGUGGAAGAAAUGAAAGUCCCCCAAAUGGAACAGGUCGUGAGAGAACUAUAAAUGAAGGUCCCAAAAAUGGAACACCUCGUGAAAGAAUUACCAAUGAAAGUUCCCAAAAUGGAGCAGACACUAAUAAUCCUCGAGCUAUUCAUGUUACUACAUUCUACAUUGGAUUGCAAAUUAACCCUCGAGAAGCUGGUUCAACUUCACCUCGACAAUUAAACAUAUCGUGGCCUACUCAAGAAUUUACAAAAUUAGUAAAAAGUUGGGACAAAUAUGAUGAAAAUCAUAUGAAAAUUACAAUAAAACAUGUAAAGAGCGCCGAACUCCCAUCUGAAGUAUUUGAAGAGGGGGAAGAACCACGUAAACUUAAACGUUCCAAACCGGGUGGCAAGACUGAAUCAAAUACUACGACGUCAGAACAGCCCAGUAAAAAACCCAGAAGUUCAAGUGGUUCUAACGAUACUGUAAUUGAUAGUACACAUCCAACGGGAAUAAAUGCGGACAAAACGGACAUUAAUACAAGAUUAGGGGAUAACGAGAGCUUGCAAGACUCAACUACAGCCUACGUCGUUUUCGAUCGUUUGGCACCCAAAUUAUUAUCGCUUCAAAAUCGACUUGAAAAAGUUCUUCGUUAUGCUGAAAAAAGUUCAUUAUAUCGAG